AAGAAAAUGAAAAAUUAUGUUUUGAUUUUGUGUUGAAAUAUCUUUUUAAAAACUUGAUAAAAUGAUUUUAAAUUCUUUAAGUAAAUUAAGAGCCCUUAGCAGUAGCUAUUACUUAAAUAGAAGUGUGAGAUUUUCAAGCCAAAAACCCCAGGUCGCAUCAAACGAUGGAUUACAACUUAGUGAUAAUUGUGUGCAAAAAUUAAAACAGUUAUGUGAGGAAAAUACAUUUUUAAGACUGUGUGUUGAAAGUGGCGGCUGUUCAGGCUUCCAAUAUAAGUUUGAUAUCGACAGCAAAAUAGGCGAUGACGAUAAAGUGUUUGAGAGAGAUGGAGUAAAGGUGGUAGUGGAUGAAACAUCAUUGGAAUAUAUAAGGGGAUCAACAAUUGACUACCACACAGAGUUAAUAAGAUCUGCUUUCCGAGUGGAAAAGAAUCCCAACGCUGAUAUUGGCUGUUCAUGUGGAGCGAGCUUUUCUAUAAAAAUUGACUAACAGCUUGAAAUGUGAUAUAGUGUAUCUAGCCCGUAUAUAUAGUAGUGAUAAUAAUAUUCUAAUUAUGUAAUUUAAAUUAUUAUAUAUUAUUUUUGUUGGUUUUUAAUGAGACUUAUUUCUUAACUAUCCUGGUC